AUGUCAUCAAUGAAAUUUUCUAGUGGUUGUAACUCAAACGCGAAAGAAGAACCUUCGUGGAGAACAUUCUCUGGAGAAAGAGAAGAAAUCGAGUAUCAGAGAAAAUUCCUCUCUCUUAAAGAAC